AUGGCCACUGCGAUUCUCUCUUCUCGAAACUCUUUGAACCAUCGAUUCGAUCACGAAUCCCUAAUCCACCGUAAUUCUAAUCCUCGCCGUCACUCGAACGCUGCUCCUCGCCGACUCAAGCGUUCCCCCACGGCCACUCAGUCUAAGACGUUGGUUGCAUCCCCGGCGUCAAACACCAAUCUCGUCAUGGGACAAGUCAAAAUCCUCAAACGCGGCGAGACACUGAGCUCGUUUCUUAACAGCUGCGCCCAUAAAGACGAUAAAAAACGACAUCGUUCGAAGAUAACCGACGUGGCCUUGACUAACAGAAUCGGACAUGAACCAAAGACUAUGCAGAAGCAGAUCGGAGCUUUCAAAAAAUCGGAGAUCGUCUCUGUAGAUUACGCCGGCUCUUGUAACUCAGUUUCUCCUCCUCCAAGCUCUCUUCCUAUUCCAUGUUUCUUGGAGAAGAAGAAGAACUAAGUUCCUUGCGUAAGAAGAUUCAGGAAACCUUAGAAAGAUUGCUUGCAGCCAUCUCAUUGAUGUCGAAGAAU